CAGAUAUGGAUCGAAAGAAGCCUCCCAAAAAGUAAAUAUCUACGAUAUUGAAAUUCUUAAAUCUUCAAUGGAAGAAUGGUCAAGGGCAGAUUUUCUUAAAGCUCGUGAGACUGCGGGAUUCGCAUUCGGUCCUCAGUUUGAUUUGAUAGUGAGAGCGUGGUCCAGUGGCAACGAAGCCCUCUCUCUCAUAUGCCCGACUGAAGAAAUCGUUAAUACAGAAGAAUAUGUCUUGCAUCCUUCGGUGAUUGAUGCAUGUUUACAGACAACCAUUCUGUUGGACAUCAAAUCUGUUGUUAAAGCUGUACCAAAGGAGAUUAAGCGCAUCAACAUUUUGAGAAAGGCAACGUACACGCAGCAGUUUUAUGCUUACGCAAAGAUCGUAGAAUCAGAAAAAGGAAAGGCGUUUAACAUUUUCCUUUUGGAUCAGUGUGCCCGUGCUUUGAUGAUUAUUGACCAGUUUAGCAUAGAAGAAAUACUGUCAGAUCGAGAGGAAGUGAAAUUUGAUAACGCAGUGUUCACAUUUGGUUGGCAGCAGUUAGAGUCUGGUUCUUCAAAAGUUCGUGAGCAUUAUGUUUGGCUGAUUCUGAGAGACCAAAGUAAGUUUGCUGAACGAUUUGCACAGCAUGUCCCGCAAAGCGGAAGUGUUGAUUUUGUUGACAAACGAGAUACCUCAGAUGAAUCUCGUGAUGCAUUUUCCCGAUCGCUAGAUAAAGUAUUGGCUAAAAUAGAAGCUAAUCAAAAGAUAAUGGUGAUCAAUUUCUGGCCUGUAGAUGGAAGCAAAUUCAAUAUGGAUGCGCGCAACUUUGAUGCUGCUCAUAGCUCUGCGUUUGAGAGCUGUCUUUUGAUUUCUCAAGAAAUUUUAAACAGAGAGGGGUAUCUCAAACAGAUUCAGCUUGUGUUUGUCACUUCAGGCGUGAUUUCAAUUCCUCAACUAGAACGAAGUGGUGAAGAUACGUUCCCAUGGUCUGGAACUGUAUUUGGAUUUAGAAGAACCUUCUCAGAAGAAAUCACAGUCCCCACUGCUUCUGUGAUUGAUUUGCCGGUCAAUCCUAGCGAUGAAGAUUUUCAUGCAAUGGCACACGACAUUGAAAAAACAUUGCUAGAAGAAGAGAUUGUAUAUAGGAAUGGUGAACGGUAUGUCAAUCGUAUUCAAAAAUUUGAUCCUGACGGGUCCAAAUGUACGAGAAGCGAAUCACCUUUGGAGGAAGAUGGAGCACUAAAGCCUGUAAAGAUGGCGAGUUGGUCAGGUCAGUGGUUUCUACAGAAAGGGUCGAAAGAACGGAUUGGAGAAAUUGAAGUCUACUAUGCCUGUCCUAUCCUUCAUAAGAAUUGGAAAGAUCUUAAACCAAACGAUCUUAUUUCAAUUGCUGGAAAAUGUGCAAUGGACUGGAGGCAAACGAUGAUCCCUUUGUGUUUGGCAUCUGUAAAAUUGAUAAUCUUGGAAGUUAUGUUGCUGCAGAGGAAACCUGCUUCACGGAGAUAA